AUGGCGGUGGAGGUGGGAGAUGGUGUAAGGAGUACAGUGGCCAGUACCUCAGAAGCUGAACACCGCCUGUUCCAGUACCUUUUCGAAGACUACAACGAGUUCAUCCGGCCUGUGGCCAACGUGUCCCACCCAGUCACCGUCCAGUUUGAGGUGUCUAUGUCUCAGCUGGUGAAGGUGGAUGAAGUGAACCAGAUCAUGGAGACAAACCUGUGGCUGAAGCAAAUCUGGAACGACUACAAGCUGAAAUGGAAACCUUCUGACUACCAAGGGGUGGAGUUCAUGCACGUCCCCGCAGAGAAGAUCUGGAAACCAGACAUUGUGCUUUAUAACAACGCUGAUGGGGAUUUCCAGGUUGAUGACAAGACCAAAGCUCUACUCAAGUACACAGGAGAGGUGACUUGGAUCCCUCCGGCCAUCUUCAAGAGCUCAUGUAAAAUUGAUGUGACCUACUUCCCAUUUGACUACCAAAACUGCACCAUGAAGUUUGGCUUGUGGUCAUACGACAAGGCGAAGAUUGACCUGGUCCUCAUUGGCUCCUCAAUGAACCUCAAAGACUACUGGGAAAGUGGCGAGUGGGCCAUCAUCAAAGCCCCAGGCUACAAACAUGAGAUCAAGUACAACUGCUGUGAGGAGAUCUACCAAGACAUCACGUACUCGCUGUACAUCCGCCGCCUGCCGCCGCCUUGUGACCAGGCUGGUGGAAAACCUACUCCUAACAGUCUCCUUACAGAAGCUGAUGACGAAUCCAAGGAGAACGAGGCAGUGUGA